AUGGCAAAAACUGGCCGUAAAACUUUGCAGACGCCGGUCGACUACUCAUCUACACCAUUUAUAUUCUGCACAGACAUUGCCAUGCUAAAAGACCAUCCAAAGGUCAGAGGGUUGGCUAUUGGCAGUUGGCUGCCCUUUCACCAGCCAAAAUCUAUUACUGUACACAUGGAAAUCCCCAGAUUAUCUGUAGGAACAUGUUUGUCAAAUUCUAGGAUGGUAAAAUUUUAG